AUGGACGGAAAAAGAAAGUUUGACAUGAUAGAUGACAACAAUGAUGCUGACUUGUCAGAAGAUGAUAUUACCAUAAUCAAACAAACGUCGACAAAGCUUAUUCCUUCAACCUCAGCAGCAAUAUUGCAUAUAAAAUCACCAGUUUAUACCAUCUAUCGUGAUAGACGUGUUGACUUAGCUUCAAAAGAUGGAAGUUUACCAGAACACUUGGUUCAUGAUAUUGUGCGAGCAACUGUAAGCAACAUGGUAUCUGUGGCCCUUUCUGAACCAUGGAAUCGAUUACCAACUUCUAUGGAAUUAAAGGAGAUUGGAAAAAGUCUGAUUGUAACCUAUCCAUUGUUACGUGAUCCAGUUAGUGGUCAUGUAAGUUUCUCCUGCAUAUUUUUUAUACCACCUUAAAUACCUCAGACAUAUAUAUUCAUCAAUCUCAAGGGCUUGUGAAUAUUUAAAUCUUUUUGCUAGGGUAUAACCCCAAUGUCAGGAGUAUAGAAGGAGUUGUAAGGAUUUUUGUUGCCCAUGGUAGGAAAAUAGGAUUUGAAUUUAGUAUUUACUGUAUAUUGUAAACUUGUUCAAAGGUUUUACUUUUAAAUAUACUACAAGAAUACAACCAAAAUUUUGAUCGCUACUCGUCUAUACAACGUCUAUUUCACUCAGCUUGAAAGAGACUUAGAAAAAAAUUAGUAAUAUUCUGAAGUUUCGUUGGAAAAUGUUGUAAAAUAUCUGAGUCGAACACACUGACACAAAAUCGUAAAAUUAUAAAGCAUUUAGUCUCUAGUACUUUACUUGAGUACAGCUUUAGAAUGAAAAUAACAUCUCAUAGACAGUGUAUAAAAGUGUGUAUUAUAAAUUAGUAAUAGAAACAUCACUCUUUUACCGUGCCAUUUUGUUUCCUGUACCAAUCUUGUACCAAGGGUGUUAUCUCCAGGGUUGACAAACAAACGCACACACAACUCAAUAGCAUAGUGUCUAGCACUUAGCACAGAUACAAAAAUCAUGUUCACCUGAGUACACAGCACUGACAUGAAAACAAAUCAUUUCUAAUGUUUGUUUGGAAUGUUUGUUGUAAAGUUCCAAAGGUUUUUUUUAAAAUUUAUUUACUUUUAUUCUAAACCAAUUAAAGCAUAGCUCUAACAUAUAUUAGGCUUACAGUCAAUUUCAGAUAAGUUUACACCAAAAUGUUGUGAAGUUCGUAAAUUUGUUGCAAAAUUCGGAAGUUCAUAUUGGAAUUCACAAGCCAAUUUGUAAACAAAGUGCUCAAUUGGUUCCUGAAAAAAAGAAGCCAAUUUUUGAUCAAAUGUGUAGUUUACAAGCUGGUUUGUGAUCUCAUUAUGAACUUUUGAACUUCACAACAAAGUUCAGAACAUUUGUGUGUAAAACAUUUUUAGAACCAGGCCUUAAAAUAUCGGUCAGUCACAGAAAUUGUCCGGCCCAUUCGUGAAAUUGUCCGACGUAGAAAGGAAACCAUCGGACAUUCUGUCCGACCAAAGUGAAACUGAGGUUUAUUGUUUGUCCGACCCGAGUGUAUUUGUGUGCGACCGAACUGCAACUUUGUCCGACGUAAAUCAAAAUGUACCUUAGCCCAGGACUAGAGGCUUGUAUGUUAAAUGUAUAAAUGGAAUUGUUGUUUUAACGUAGUCGAGCGCUGGGCGGCGAGCAUAAUGGUGAAGUGGAAAUCGGACUUAAGUUGUUGAAGUCUUUUUUGAUACUGCUGUUCUGGAAAGCAAGUUAAUUUUGGCUUGGAAAUAAGUAUGAAAGAAAUUAUUUAAUAUCUUUACAACAUUUACCGUUUAUUCAUUUGUGUCAUUCAGACUUAUUUCCGAGUCAAAACUGAACUGAAGGUCAUCGGACAUAUGUCCGACCCAAACUCAACGUCACCGGACAUUUUGUCAGACGGCCCUGGAAAAGAUAUUUUAAGACCUGUUAGAACCACUGAGUAUUUUUAUAAAAUACAAAACAACAGUAACUCCAAAAAUUGAUAACAUUUUUAUUUAUCUACGUUUCGACUAUAUUUUAGUCAUCAUCAGGAUAAACUAACUAGAUUAUAUAUCAAAAGCAGUAUUUAUAUGAAGAGAUUAUAGUAAUAUGAUACAUUACGUUGAUUAAUGAAUUAUUAUAUUAGUUAAAUAUGAUUAGUUCUUUAGAAGCUUUAAUUCCAUUGUUCAGUUCAGGUUUCUGUCUUUGAAUAGCGAAUCGCUAUAAUAGAAAAUCGCUAUUCAAAGACAUAAACCUGAACUGAACAAUGGAAUUAAAGCUUCUAAAGAACUAAUCAUAUUUAACUAAUAUAAUAAUUCAUUAAUCAACGUAAUGUAUCAUAUUACUAUAAUCUCUUCAUAUAAAUACUGCUUUUGAUAUAUAAUCUAGUUAGUUUAUCCUGAUGAUGACUAAAAUAUAGUCGAAACAUAGAUAAAUAAAAAUGUUAUCAAUUUUUGGAGUUACCGUUGUUUUGUAUUUUGUGUGUAAAGUUAUCUGAAAUUGACUGUCAGAACGUAAGUAUUUUGAUAUAUGUUAUAGGAACGUUUGUUUAACCGUUUGAAAAAACGAAUGUAUAACAAAAAGCCAGUCGAGAAGAAACAUGGACCAAACAAGAAAAAAGGUUCUGGAAAUAAAAUGUCCAGCUGCAAUGAAAGUAUGGAUGAAGUUGAGACCGAAGAAAAUACUUCUUGUGAAAAUAUGGACACCAGUACCAGUGAAGAAAUUUCUGAAUCUGACACUGGUAAAAAUAACAGUCUUGUCCAGCCUUAUUACCAGCCUACACAGUGCGUGUCUCAAAAUAACGACUGAUAGAGCUCCAGUCAAUUUUAUUUUAGCUUGGUCAAACUGAAACUCUGUGUGAGAUACAAGGUUGCUAACAACAUUCCUGUUUCAAGUUUUAAACACUGAAAAUGUUAACAAUCACAUAACUCACAUUGUAAAUAUAGGCACCAUUAUAAUUAGUAGGGAAUUUUGUAAUGUGACCAACACAAACAAAAAUUUAACUGUAUGUCGAUGGAUAUACAGCAAUGUACUGUACAGUCUUUCUACCUCUGACAAUGUUUCAGCACAUACUGUAUGAUGAGGAGAAAACGGAAUAAGGAUUUCCUGAAAUUCUACUGUCCAGUUAAAUUGGCCAACAAUGUUAAAAAAGUGACUGGUCCUUGACUGUUAAUAACCAGCUGUUGUUUUGAGCCUUGCACUAAGUUGCACUUUGAAAGUGCAUUACCGGUACCUCAAAUCCUGCAUUCAGUUAUAAUGCUAUACAUGUGACAAUAGUUUUAUGUCUGAGGCAGUUCACUUCUGAGAUAUGGACAAGUUUCUUUCUCAACUUGAACUUGUACUUCGUCUUUUUACAAAUUACCUAUAUUAGUUAUCCUGAAAUCCACUUCUUGGUUGGUGACUCAUUGUAUAAUGCGCUCAUGAAUUAAUCAGUAUGUUCUCAAUUAUAGACCCAAAGUCAUUUUGUGGCAGCACUGAUCAGCCUAUCAUGGAUAGGCUCUACAAUUCCCUGUCCAACGAGAUGAAGAAAAAAAAUCCGUCACCAAGUGUAGUAAAUGCCUAUUUGAACCAACAAUUUGAUUCAAGACAGCAGCAGAUCAAGGAUAUGCCAGUGGAAGAGCGAUGCUCAAAAUUGUUAGAGCUAUAUCCUUGCUUCAGGAAUCCAGUAGAG